AUGAAGCUUUUUCUGCUGCUCACAUUAUUUGUGAGCCAAGUUUUUGCCGCAUCAAAGCUCUAUGAAAUUACAAAAAGUGUAAAUUGUGAGGAAAACAUUCCAAUACUUACACAUUUUGUAGUCAACAAUGGUACAACAGUUCCUAAUAAAGUAGAUUUUGGAGGAUAUUUUGAAGUGACUGAGAAAGUUCUUGGUCCAUUUGAACUGUCAAUUGAUGCAAAUCGAUGUGAUCAUUCGUUGAAAAAGUGUGAGAAAUAUGUUGCUGGAAAGAAUUCAGGAAUGUGUGAAAUUUUCAACGGCAAAAGUGGUCUGUUCACGGAUGUGCUUAAAACUUUUGAGCCACAAAUAAAAUGUCCUUGGAUGCCUGGAAAAUAUGUGGCUAAAAAUUCAGCAUUUGAUUUGUCAUCAAUUUCAGUUCUGCCGUCUGAGGGAUACACAUGGGUUGUGACAAUUAAAGGUCUUGCUGGAGAUGGAAAAAACAAAAAGCUUGUGAUGUGCAUGUAUGUUGAGGCAAAGAUAUCAAAAUUUAGAAAAAAAAAUUCUGUAAAAUAA